UAAAUAUUUAUGUAGAUUUGUAUGCUACAGAUAAGAGGGAUUUUCCAAACUGUACAUAACAUGUCAACUUACAAUCUAUUAACAUAUUUUAAAUGAUAAAUAAUUGCUUUGUGGUCUAAUACCACAAGGAAAUAGGCAGAAUUUGUAAAAUAUAUUUUGAUAGUGUAGAUACACCGUCAUAGCUGGAACAGUGUUACUAACUUAGUAAAUGAUGCAGUCCUUAUUCGUGAUACCUAUUGUUAUUUUCGUUUCAAACGUAGUAUGUCAGUCAAAAGGUCGAAAUGUAGUUUGCUACUACUCUGGUGAUUUUGGGACUAGUGUUGCACCUCCUGAAUUAUUAGAUGCAAAUUUAUGUACCCAUCUAAAUUACGCAUUCGUCAAAGUUAAUGAAAAUGGAAAUUUGGUAUUUUUAAAUAAAAACGUCGACAUCGAUCAAAAAAUGUACGAGCGAACCAUAAAACUAAAGAAAAAUAACUCAAAUCUGAAAGUAUUAUUAAGCAUAGGCGAUACGCCAGCACAGGUAUUUUCGACAGUUGCAGCAGAUCCAGCCAAACGUCAAGCAAUGGUAUCCAGUUCACUAAAAUUUGUCAAAACUUAUGGAUUCGACGGAAUAGAUAUUGACUGGGAAAUACCAGAAGGAAAAGAUAAGCAAAAUUUUAUAAGUCUGUUGAAGCUGUUUAAAGAAUCUUUAGGAAGAGAAUCGUAUACGUUUAUGGUCACAGUUUAUAAUUACCCUGAAAGUGCUUAUGACGUUCCUCAGAUUUCUCGGUCCGCUGAUAUGAUAAACCUAAUGUGUUACGAUUUUUAUGGAUCGUGGAGCAAGUACACAGGUUAUAAUGCUGCACUUUUUGCAUCACCUGCUGAAAGCGAUUUUGAAAAAAAUCGGCUAAAUGUGGCGAAGUGUAUUCAGAAUUGGCUUAAUGCAGGAGCUGCUAAUACGAAAGUAAAUGUGGGAGUACCCUUCUAUGGACGCACUUUUAAAUUGGCUAAUCCGAAUGAUCACAAAAUACAUUCAGCUUAUGUUGGAACUCCAGGAUCGGUUACCUAUCAGAAAAUAUGUUCGGACUUUAAAGAGUACACUGAAGCAUGGGAUGAUGUACAAAAAGUGCCGUUUAAGUAUUCUGGAGAUCAAUGGAUAACAUAUGAUAAUGAGAGAUCGAUUGCAGAAAAGGUAAAGUACAUCAAAUCUCAAAAUGUGGCUGGUGUAAUGGUGUGGCAAAUAGCGCAAGAUGACAUCAAGGGAGCUUGUGGACCAAAACAAGGGUUGUUAACUGUUGUAAAAAAUAAUCUGUAAUGAAUCUCUUGAGAAUAUUAAUUCAAUAAAUAACUUAACGCAA